AUGAUGUCGACGAGAAGGAUCCAGCUGUUGGUACUAGCAUAUUUGGCUUCUGUUUCUUACUCUUCAGGUAUGUCUGAAAGGCAUUUGAUGGUAACGCCGCAGUCUCCAUUUCUUCAGAUUGGGACGAACUUCACAGCUACAUGUGUGAUCAUUGACACAAAUGAAGCCACACCCGAAGACCUGUACUGGAGUUUUUCCCAAAACAUUAUCCCCCAAAAUCAGUACACAAAAAUCAACGAAUCAGCACUCAGUGUCACUAUCCCUAUAAACAAUGAAAAGUCAGAAUGGUUAUUCUGCCGACGAAAGAGAAAAGACUCUGAUAUUUCAUAUAGUGAAAACAAAUUCACUCAAGCGAUCCUCCUAACAAAACUCUAUCCUCCAGAAAAACCUAAAAAUCUGACCUGUAUAGCAAUUCAGGAGAAGAAUUAUCUAUCAAAAAACCUCAAGUGCUCGUGGGAAGCAGCAAAACAUAACCACAAGGAUAAGCCAACAACAUAUAAAAUACAUGUUAAUAUCAGCGUCAACAACCAUUUCUACACUAAAGAAACACUAAAGAAUAGUGCUAUAGUGGAAAUGGAAUUCUUCCCAUAUCAUAUGGAGAUGGAGAUCUGGGUCGUGGCUCACAAUGAACUGGGAUCUGUAGAGUCUGAACAUCUAAAACAAGAUGCUAUCAGUUUUGCUAAAACAGACCCUCCAUUAGAUGUCACAGCCAUUUCUGAAACUCCACUUCCCAGUUCCCUUCUCAUAAGAUGGACUCAUCCAAUUGCUGAAGAAUAUGUUAAAUUGAAAUACGAGAUCAGGUACUGCCAAAAUGGAUCUCACAUUUGGACUAUGGUGAGUAUGUCUUCCAUUACUGAAGACAUAACGUCCUUCAGACUCCAAAAACUACAACCUGACACAGUUUAUAUCACUCAAGUUCGUUGUAAACAUUUUAUGGAGGGCUCUGGCUACUGGAGCAACUGGAGUGCCAAUGUUACUCAGAAAACACCUGAAUACAGACCAACAAGUAAACCGCGUUUGUGGAAGAUCGUUACGGAAGGUGAACGCAUAAAUGAGCGACAGGUGACGUUUAUUUGUAAGAAUCCUGUGUCUUCAAAUGGAAAGAUAAAUAGCUUCAACAUAAAGAUCCGAACCCGAAACAGUGGAAAUACGCCAUGGGAAAGUAUACUCACCAACUGGUCAAGGGCAGACAGCUCCCCUAGCCAGAAUUUCAUUGCCUUAAAACAGAUAAUCCUCCCUGACACCUCACCUGCGGUAGUUAAUGUCACUGCCAUCAAUUCUAUGGGGGAGUCUCCAGUGGCGUCACUGCGCAUUCCAGAGAAAGGACGUGAGCUCGACCCUGUGAAGGCGCUCGAGGCGUACCCACAAGAAGGCCAACUUUUAGUAAGAUGGCGUCCUCCUAACAAUACACUUGUUUCAGUAUAUGUGGUGGAGUGGGUUAAUGCUAAUGGCAUAGACUGGCAGAGGGAAAACAAAAACACCCGACAAACUACAAUAAAAGGCCAUUUGGAGAAGUUUGUUGGCUACAACAUAUCUGUGUAUCCAUUAUACUCUGGGUGGACUGGAAAACCUACAAGAGUGCAAGCUUAUCUUGAGGAAGGGGCUCCUUUGGCCGGCCCUUCUGUCCGACUGAAUGGCAAACCAGGACGAAAUAAAGCAGAGCUCAUGUGGAAUGAAAUUCCCCCUGAAACACGGCGAGGCUUCAUUACAAACUACACAAUUUUCUAUUCAAGCGGGACUGAACAGGCCAUCACUGUACCAGCUUCAGUCAAUUCCUAUGUGCUCACUUCAUUGACAGCCAACACCAAGUAUGACACUUGGAUUAGAGUAUCCACAAGUAGAGGCUCAUAUAAUGGCACAAGCCACUCAUUUACCACCCUGAAAUAUGCAUCAGGGGAGAUUGAGAUGACUGUGGUUGGAGUUUGUGUCGGCUUUCUGUUUGUGUUUCUCAUAACCAUGAGUCUGUGCAUCUACAAAAGAGAUGUGAUCAAGAGAAACUUUUGGCCCCGAAUCCCAAACCCCAGAAAGAGCACCAUUGGAAACUGGUCACCUGAUUAUCAUAUAAAGCCAGAGACUCCAAAGGAGAACUGUUUGUCUGGCAUCAGUGUACUUGAUAUGGAGGUAAGUGAUGGGAAAUCAGUGUCUGAGGAAGACAAAGCUAGCCUAGCCCUCAAGAAGGACAAGUAUCUGUCUGAAGAGCACAGCAGUGGCAUCGGAGGCUCCUCUUGCAUGUCUUCACCCCGUCAGAGUGUAUCUGACAGCGACGAGGGGGCUGACACUGCUGACACUACAGCCAGCACUGUUCAGUACUCCUCAGUGGUGGCCUCUAACGGCUACAAAGGGCAGACCCCGUGCGUUCAACCUCAGCAGCUAAUUUUUUCGCGAUCUGAGUCGACACAACCUCUUCUGGACUCUGAGGAGAACCCAGACCUUUUAGUGCAAGAGGGCAGCAGAGCUUCCCAACCGUUCUCACAGCUUCCUUGCUUCACACACACUGCAUGGGACCACGGCAGUGGCAGCUUCACUGAGUCGAAUGAGCCAGAGGUGGAGCCUCAGGAGGUGCUGUCGUCACUUGACAUGUGUCUUUCGGGAGAAACAACCACAGACAGACAGCUUUUCUCCAGCUACAUGCCACAGCUUGGUGGCUAUAGGCCACAGUAG